AGGGGUGGAAGCAGGGAAUCAUUUAUCUGGUGAUCAUUGUACUGGUGACAGCUGUGUUUCACUUUCUUUCUCUGCACAGUAAGAAUAAAGAUAACUCAAAUAUUUGUUGGUGAGAUGGUUAGACUGUAUGAGGAGUAAGUAUUCGUGAACAAACCACAAAUAAACUAGUUAAGUUAUUAGGUGAGGGUUACAGAGAAAUCUUAUGUAAGCUGUCUUAAGUGUUGGGGCACUACCUAGUCUCAAUGUUGAAUGAAGGAAAAAGACUGAAAAGAUCUUGUAAUAUAAACUGAUCUGAAACAGGCCAAGAGAGUUAAAGUUGCAGGGGAGCUCUAGAUUCUGACUUGCUUUGCAGGCUACUGUUUUUAAUAGUUCUUGAGGUGGCACUUGGUGUCUUGUCUUAAUCUUAUUGUAAUCUGUCAAUGCUACUUGAAUCUAAAAUACCCUGCAAACCCUUACAGUCUGUAGAGCAUCUAAUUGAGGAGACUGUGCUGUUGUUUACCAAAUGCCAAAAGGUGAUCUAAGCUUUUAAUGUGAAAUCAUGAUGAAAAUCUUAUAGGUUUAAACUUAUGAGAACGAGAGGCGUGGUGAGGUAAAAUUCUAAUUGGCGUAGUUACAGCUUUUAAUGUAAAACUUCAGGUAGUGGUUCAGGUUGAUGGUUGUGUAGUGAUACCUGGUUCAGACUGGGUUACACAGGUGCCGUAAGGUGCGUGGUGCUUAGUUUGUGUAAGUUUAAGCUUUGUAUUUAUUUGUCUAUUUAGAAGCAUCUUUAGUAGAAACUAGUUUUCUAAAAGUAGUUUUCUAAAAGUCCUAUGGGGCAGAGUAAUUUGUUGGAGUGACAGAUUCAUUGCAAAUAGGAGUGUGUGUUAUUGACACAGCUGUAAUGCUCUUUGAAAACCUUGUUUUAGCUGAGUCACUAUUGUCAUCGGCUAUGGAAUGUGUUUGGAUGGGAAUGUUCAGCUGGAGUCUUUGAGGAAAAAGUAAUACCACCAAACCCGUAGACAUUUGGAAAAGGCAGUCUAAAUGAUAUUAGAGAUCAGAAAUUGAUGACUCAUUAUGCGUCCUAAAACCCUGCACAAAAGUGUAGUGCAGACCUUUGUGUUUUCCAGUUCUUCAUUCAAGUUAAAAACUUAUUGAAAGAGCUGGUAUACCAUGCUCAUUAUGAGAUAUAUUCCCAGCUUCCUGUCAUCAACUAUUUGAGAUAGGUGAGUUUUUAUUCAGAAAAUAGGAUUUUUUUAAAACUGGAUUUUUUUUUUCUAUUUCCAAUGGCUUUAAAACCAAGCAGCUUGGAAGGGGGAAAAGCCUAACAGGUGCUGCAAAAAAGGUCUUUUGUUUGAUAAGAAAGUGAAAUACCUGAAACUAGAAUAGGUUAAAGUUAUAAUACUGUUUCUGUUCUUGUUCUCCUAUUCUUGUUCUACUUUUAAUUUUUCAUAGUUUUUGAGGAAAAGCUUCAUCUUUUCUACUUUAGUAUUACCUCAUGCAGUGGGGGCAGGGGGUGUCAAUUAAUUAAUUUUUUUUUUGUCCUAUAUACUUUUGCUGUACAGUGGUCAGGCCACCUUCUACUAACAAGGGUGUAUUUUUAAUAGAAAAAAUAAUCUUGUAUGUCCAGAGUACAUAACAUCUGCAUUUCAGUCUGGGAUUUUGGAGAGUAGUUGUGUUCACAUUCCAUUUAAUUUAAAGCUGUUUUCUUAUUUUGCUAUGGGAACUAGUAAAACUUGUGUAGUAAGACCUGAAACAGAAUAUUAAAAAGAUUUUUGGCCUGACCUCUGUAAAUAUACAGAGGUCAGGAAUUCUGUGGCAACAAGUAUGAAUUAAAAUAUUAUGUAAGAAGAAAGAUUUAUUUUUGGCUUCUUUUGGGUGGCUAAAACUACUGACUGUAGUACUGAAUGCAUUAUUUUUUCCCAGUCGUUCUGUUUCUGAUUUCUGAGAAAUGGCUUGCUUUCUUUUUUAUUAAGGACUUGUGAGACGAUAACUGGGGGUAAGGAUAUCAUUGUUCCUUUGUGUAGAUCACCUCAGUUAAGUUUUAGUGAUAACUUAUGGGUAUGAACACAUGAAAGAAGCAGCCUGUUAUAGUAAAGAGCUUUUCAAUAUCAAGCAACUGCUUAAUAAGUUCUCAUGUCUGAAGACUGAAGCUGGACAAAUUUUAACUAGACGAAAAUGCAAUUUGUAAAAGAAUCAAACUUUAUUCAUUUUUUUUUUUAGUUCUCCAGCUGUUGCAAUCUUGAAUUCAAGUUGAUUUUUGCUUAAGUGGUUCCUGCUGGGUCAAACCAAAGAAUUAAGUGAAAGUCUGCAGCAAUCGAGGAGUUGCACUGAGUUCCAGGUCAGAAGUUCUUUACACAUGAAAUCUACUGGCUUUCUAGCUGAUUCUGCCGUGUCACUGUCUCAACAGAACUGGAUUUACAGUCAUGGAGGAGCACCAACAACAUUUACACUGUGUGAACUGUGUCAGCCGUCGUUGUAUGACCAGACCAGAGCCUGGCAUUUCCUGUGAUUUGAUUGGCUGCCCAUUGGUUUGUGGAGCAGUUUUUCAUUCGUGUAAAGCUGAGGAACAUCGCAUGUUAUGUCCACUUGAAAGAGUGCCUUGUUUGAAUAGUGGCUUUGGAUGUCCCUUCAUAGUAGCCCGAAAUAAAAUUGCUGAUCAUCUAGAAGUUUGUCCUGCAAGUGUGGUAUGUUGUACCAUGGAGUGGAACAGAUGGCCGGUCAGUUAUGCAGACCGAAAAUCUUAUGAAAAUCUGAGUAAAGAUGUUGAUGAAGUGGAACAGCUAGAUAUGGCUUUAGCCCUUCAAGAUCAGCGCAUGUUACUAGAAUCACUUAAAGUAGCAACUAUGAUGUCAAAAGCAGGUGAUCAAAUACCAGAAUCCAGAGAACAAACCUCUUUCAAAUCAAGUGCCCCAGAUACAGCGCAUUCAAAUGGUUUGAUGCCUGUAGAUGAAGAGUCCUAUGGUGCACUCUAUCAAGCUACUGUAGAAACAACAAGGAGUUUAGCUGCUGCUCUGGAUAUCCUGAACACUGCUACCAGGGACAUCAACAUGUUAAGUUCAAGGCUCUGCAUUUCACCACAUGAAAUGAAAGAAGAUACUGAGAUUGAAGAACAAGCUUCUAAUGGCACUGUUCAGGAUAAAAAGUCUGACCAUGAAUAUCCAGAUGAAGAUAACAUAGGAGCAGCUGGGGGAAUUAACUUUCAUAGCCUGAGUCAAAAUUCACAAAUGGAGCAAAAUGGUUCUAGUGAUAUUUGUUACACUGUAGCACAAAAGCAUGACUUAAAUCUAAACCUCGGUAACUCCUCACUUUUGUGUAAUGGCUUUCAUGUAGAAAGUGAAUGUUCAAAGGUGUUGGACCAGAAUGAAGAUCUUAGUGAUUCUAAUUCAAAACCAUCCAGUGUAGCAAACGGUGAAUGUACUGCAUCUCAUGAUGAUGAAGCAUCACAGUCUUGCAGCUCCUUCCCUGUAACAUCACAACUUAAAGAAGUAAUAUCAGCUGAUCACUUAGGUAAUGGCAAUGUUAAUCAUGUACUACUUCCCCAUAAUGCUAACGAAGAAGAAAUGUUACAGAGACAAGUGGAGCAAGAAAGACUGAGAAACGUAGAUCCGUUUUCACUUUUACGGCAUCGAUCAUACAAAUUCCUUGUUAACCACUAUUGGUCUACACCAAAAGAAGACAAAGCUGUUGAUACAUCAGAUUUGGAGAUAACAGAGGAUCCUAUGGGUCUUCAGGGCAUUGAUCUAAUCACUGCAGCUCUGUUGUUUUGCCUAGGAGACUCUCCUGGAGGUAGGGGAAUAUCAGAAAGUCGCACUGUUGAUGUGUAUCACGUUGACUUUGGGACCCAAACAUUUUCUCUCCCAUCUGCUAUAUUGGCCACAAAUACAAUGGUGGGAGAAAUAGCCUCAGCUUCUGCAUGUGAUCAUGCCAACCCACAGCUCUCAAAUCCAAGUCCAUUCCAGACCCUUGGACUGGAUUUGGUAUUGGAAUAUGUGGCUAGAUACCAAACAAAACAGCGUUCAAUGUUUACAUUUGUUUGUGGACAGUUGUUUAGAAGGAAUGAAUUUUCAUCACAUUUUAAGAAUGUGCAUGGUGACAUUCAUGCUGGCCUUAAUGGCUGGAUGGAGCAGAGGUGUCCUUUGGCGUACUAUGGGUGUACAUAUUCUCAACGAAGGUUUUGUCCUUCAACGCAAGGGGCAAAAAUCAUUCAUGACCGCCACUUACGGUCAUUUGGAGUUCAGCCUUGUAUAUCCACAGUAUUAGUAGAACCAGCAAAAAGCUGCUUAAUUGGAAUACACAAUGACCAUCUGAGUAGUCUGCCUUUUGAGGUUCUGCAGCACAUUGCUAGUUUUCUAGAUGGCUUUAGUUUAUGUCAGCUUUCAAGAGUGUCACGUUUAAUGAGAGAUGUGUGUGGAAGCUUGCUUCAAGCACGUGGAAUGGUGAUUCUGCUUUGGGAGAAGAGAAAGUACCCAGAUGGCAGUUCUUCUUGGCAGAUAAAAGAAAAGGUUUGGCGCUUCAGUACAGCCUUCUGUACUGUGAACGAGUGGAAGUUUGCUGACAUCGUAAGCAUGGCUGACCACUUGAAGAAAUGUAGCUAUAAUGCUGUAGAGAGAAGAGAGGAGGCUGUUCCGCUGCCAUGUAUGUGUGUAACACGAGAACUCACUAAAGAAGGACGUUCACUGCGCUCGGUUUUGAAACCAGUACUUUAAAUAUUGCAACCACUCCAAUUGCACAUACACUCAAGCACCUGAUAAACCUCGGUAAUAUUACAUGACACUUUAUUAAUGUACUAAAGAUACUUUCUAGCUAAAUCUACUCUGUCACUGUGUAUAUAAGGUUUGAAGUGACAUUUAUUUUUUAUAAUACCGUUUAGCUGGAAAGCAAUGAAAGUUGCCUUAAUGUCUGAAAAAUUCGGAACUUGCUGGACAGGGUAGUUUUAUCUAACUUAUAUAAUUUAAGAACAAAAUCCUAAGGUGUGUUUUCUGAUUCACUGGUGCCCAUGUUGCUGUUGCCGGAUAACAUUUCAAAAAUGGCUUCUAAAUGGUAUGCACAUUUAGAUAGGAAACACUGAAUUGUAGUGAGACAAAAUCCUGACCAAAUAGACUUUCUGUAUUUGGUCUAUUUUUUUUAACAAAUUAAAAUCCAAAUAUUUGAAAGAUAAGGAAGAAUUCAAAACUUUAUAGUAGAUGUCUCAAACACAGCUUUUAAGCGCCUCUGUUCUCAUUAAAUCAGUGUUCUAGUGCUCUUCCUAUUUAACAGGUGAUCUAGGAUCAGCUUUUUUUUAUUUUUUUUUUUUUUUAGGAAUGAUCAAAGUGGACUCAGAUUUACAGCAGCUUCAUUUUUAGUACAACUUUCUUUUGACAUGUCAUUUUUCUUCUGAAGUGUUAACAGUUAUUUCACUUUUGGGAGCAAAACUUUUAGAGCUAAAAACAUGGAAUACUAGUUUUCACUCUCGCACCUACAAAUGACAUCAAUAUAAAAUGUUUAAAAUGUUUUGCCUUGUCCUGCAGUUGGCUGAGGGUUAAAUUGCUUGAGCAGUCAGAAAUUCAAAGUAUGUGAUGAACAGUUAUGAAUUUAUAAUGCAGCUAAUGAAAGGGCUUUACUUGUUUUACGGUAUUGUGAGAUGUAUUGUCUCCUGUUAAUUUGUCUAUAAAAAUGCUGCUUUUCUGAGGAGCAUUUUAAAUUACUGGUAUGUAUAGCAAAUGCAUCAUCUUCAUAAGAUGAGACAUGAUUUGUUAAUUGCAUAAGGCAUAUCAGAAAUGUAUGUUCAGCUACAUCUAAAUUAACAACUCCGAUUUGCUUCCAGUCUUCCAUAAUGAAAGCUCCUACAAAGCAUUUGUGAAUAGAGAAUACGUGCUAUGAAAAAUGGCCUGGUGUAUAGCAAAACUGUAAUAACUUGAACUGACUUUCCAACUUGUUUGUAUUACUGCUGGUGUCCCUAGCUUGUUGCACUUAGCAACUGUGCCACAAAGCUAAAACAGAAACAGACCAGAGCUUGGAACAUAGAAAUACAGUACGUAUUUCCAUUAUAGGAAAAAAUAAGAGAUUAGUAAGGAGGAGAUGUUUACAAAAAUGGCGAAAUUUAUUACUUGUAAUUUCUGUACUGGACAUUUAUUUAUGGCUAGUCUGGCUGCAGUUCACAACUUUGGUAUCUGUGCAUUUCCCAUUCUGGGUCCAGUCCAGCUGAACAUUCACUGCCUUUUUCUAUCCAGUGUGCUACAGGUGCCCAGAAAAAAAAAAAAAAAAAUCUAGUUCUUCAGUGCCAUGAGCUGAAAUUACAAGAGCUCAAACAGAAGUUCUGCCUUCAAACCACAUGGUCUCUUUCCACGCUUUCUCUUUUUUUCUUUUUUUGUUUGAAGAGAAGAAAAUAGUAAACCCUUUACGGAAGUUAGCAGUAAUUCUUAGCUGUUACCACAGUUGUGUGGAAAGGAGAAUCUAGAUUCAUGUACAAGUCUGACUAUACCAGCUGGGUUUUAGGUAGGGAUUUUAACACCACCCCCCACCCGCCCCUGUUCUCCGAGUGCAUUGAAAUGCUCAUUACCCACACAGUACAAGGCAGGAGACAGACUUCAAUCAGUUCUUGUCUUUUAGCUCUAAUGGCUCCUUGCUCCUGCUUUCCAGUGUUUAAAAGUACUUGUGUGACUGGAAGGAUCUCAAAUGUUGAGGAGUUUGUGGUUGUGUUUAUGGCUAAAUCUACUUUCAAACACCUGUCUUGGGUUACUGGUAUUUUUUUAGUCAGCAAUGUGGUGGGUUUGGUACUCCACAUUUUUUGUAACUACCCAGAACCCUGACAAGUACAGUAGGCAGGCAUGUGUCUUGGUCACUUUGGGAAAGAGGGUAUUCAGUUAGAGGAGCAGGCGUUGGUAGAGUCUCGCUUGUAGCACAGUGCAGAUCUAUAUCUAAAGUAUCAUCAGUUGUUGAUCUAUUAAAAUGAACUUUUAAAGUACUCGGUGUUCUUAAGGAAUAACACUAUUUCUCAAUACAUGCACUUUUGUUUUCAAAUGUAGAUACAGGCUUUUUUGUUAAAUUAGUUUAUUUUUUAUGAGAAUCCAGAGCUAUUAAAGUAUCAAUGUUGUAAACAAAAUCUCUGCCUUGUAAACUGCUCCAAAUGCAGGAAUACAAUAUAGUUAGAACAAAAAUUUUUUCUUCUUCACUGCCAUGCAGUUUGUAAAACAUCUAUGGUCUAUAGUCAGUCUAUCAAAAUGUGGCUUGUUCACAUUUGCCCUUGAACUUUAAAAAUGUUGUAUCCCUUUCCUGGUACAUCUUCCUUACAGCAUAUAUAGACAGCUGUUCCAGUCUUUCUUUUACUUGAUACCACAUUGCUACGUUGUUUAAAAUAUUAUGUUUUCAAUCAUUAUGCAAUAUUUUUUUUGCAAUGUCUGUUGAAAUCCCAAUAAAACUUUUGGAGUUUCUCUUU